AUGUGGCUCGUCAACGGCGUCGCCGCCGCCUUCUUCGCUUCCUUGGACACCUGCUCCUGCAUCCGGAUCGCCACCGUCGACGACGCCGAAGACGGGAACGACGCCCCUCUCAUUCUCAACGACGGCAACGUCAACCGCUCCCCCUAUGCCGCCGCCGGCGGCGGCAGCAGCAGGAGGAGGAGGACGACCAAAGGCAAGAAGCAGCACGCGGCUGUGUUAUACGGAGGUUUCUGA